UUAUAGUGUGACACCGUGUAACAACGUGACCUUCCCUGAAUACAAGCAUGGACGCUGCGACAAGUCAACCUGAGCUCACCACGUGAAGACUGAUCAGGACUGUGAACCGCUCAGCAGUGACAGUCUAUGUUUCAUAGUUUUAUUACUUUUGACGCAGCUUCAGUUAAAUUCACAACCAUGUUACGACUCUUCUCAAGCCAGUGCCUUCACGAACUCCAUCUUGUGGCGUCCUGUGUUACCAAGAGGAGCUUUGUCCCAGUCAGUGGCUCCUGUCAUCACCGAUCACUCCUUGCUCGCCACUUGAACACCGGGAUCUCAUUGUGGAAAGAUGCCCCCCAACCAAAAGCAGAUAAAUCUGAAGAACUACAGACGGUAGAUCUGGACAAAUGGAAAUCUGUUAUGAGAGCCCAAGCUGCUUCGGAAGAGAAACAGCAAGUCGACAGUGAAGAUGAAGCAAGUGAUGGUGAUGGUGAUGAUGAUGAUGAGAACCUCAGAGAAGCAGCAGGUGAUUCGAAGGACAGUUCUUCGCUGGAGGCGACCCGGGAUCUGGUUGCAAUGUGGCGCCAUGCUGGGAAGCUUGUGCCUCAAGAGAUGACUGAUGAAGAGGUCCGAGCACUGGCAGAGCUCACCACCAAAUCCUCCAGGAAGAAGUACCUGAAGUACCUGGCUAAGAAGGAGUGCCACAGAAGGACCCACAAAGAGAAGCAGGCGAAGAAGAAAGCCGAGAGGGAAGCCUGGAUAGAGCAGAGUAGAGGACAAGACGAGAAACUUAGAAACACAUUCUUCCUCCAGUUCUGGAGCCGCUCACUGGACAAGGUGCUGGCCUGGAGGAGCGCCCAGGCCAUGGUGUUUGGUCAGCCGCUGGUGUAUGACCUGAGCUACGAGUCCAACAUGUUAAGGCGGGACGUGGAGAACACGGUGUCUCAGCUGAUGGACGUGGAAGCUUAUAACCGGCGUGCCACUGAUCCCUUCCACCUCCACUUCUGCAACCUGCAGCCAGACGGGACCUACAGGCAGGAGCUGCUCAGACGAUACGGCAAAGAGGCCUGGGACCGCUUGCUUAUCACCAGCACAGACAGGCAGCACGUCGACGUCUUUCCCCGCGAGCAGCUCGUCUACCUCACCGCAGACUCUCCAAACGUUCUCCGCAAGUUCGACCACUCCAAGGUCUACAUCAUCGGAGCUCUAGUGGACCGGUCCAUCCAGUCAGGCCUGUCACUGGCCAACGCCAAGCGUCUGAAGCUGGCCACAGCCCGUUUACCGCUGAAUGAGUUCCUCCACUGGGAGAUGGGAGCCAAAAAUCUGACUCUGGACCAGAUGUUUCGCAUCAUGCUGACGCUCAAGGAGACGGGGAAUUGGGAGGAAGCGUUACAGUUCGUGCCUAAGAGGAAGCAUGAUGGAUUUCUACAAAAAGAGAUGACCAGUAACAGAGUGAGGGGACCAAGAAAGGAAGGUGACAGGGGGUUGAGAUCUGGUGAAAGGACUUUUAAAAACGAGGGCCACAGUCUUCACAGGCCGCACAAACAGCCUGGGUUCUCCGGUAGAGACAGAAUGGCUAGACUGCCCGGUGACAGAGACAACGAACCAGCUGCAAAGACAGUACGGGUAUCACUGAAGAACAGCUUGGAGGGAAGAAAAGGUGCAGGCAAAAGCAAGAUGUGGUGGGCUGACAAGUGAAAGAAUUGUACCUAUGGUUGAUAUGUUUACAAGCACUGUCUGAGGAAAUGUCCAAAACUGAGACACAUGUAGAAUAAAAUGUUGUAAAGGGCUCACUUGUUGGCUUUGUUUAGUGCUAAUGCACGGUUAUAAACAAGACAAGAAGCAGACGUUUGAAAAAGAUAGAAACUGCUUUGGUCUUUAUUUUGGUCUGACAUGGAAAACAAAAGAUGUAGAAAUAUUCUCACUGCGUGCUUUUCACUGUAAAUUAUUCUUCUCACUGCGAAAAGCAACGUCUCCAGACAGAUCAAAGAAACAAAUCAAAAUAUACAGCAUGGUUUUUAAAAAGGCAAUAUAUUACAAUCAUCUCAUAGUAGUGUAUUCUGAAUCUUUUUUUUAAAUAAUGAAUUAUAUAUAAAAAAAAAUUCACCCUGAUGAAUGACAUGAUUCAAUAAAAACAAAUCUUUUUGGAAGAUUUCUGGGGGAAAAAAAGUAAUUUUUCUUUGAAACACUGCAAAAGUCAAACUCUUUGCAAAUACUGUAUAUGUGUGUGUGUGUGUGUGUGUGU